GCGAGAAUGAUUUACUGCAGAUAUUAGGACCAAGAUGGCAAGGAACACAACAGAGAAAGGACUGGAAGGAUAUGGUGAGCAGCGCCGUAAUGGUAACAUUCGUGAGAAUGGUCGAUACGUUUAGAUAUAAACUACUCACAUAGACACACAUCAACAGCAAUAUAAUGAUAUAUAUAUAAAGGGAGAUAAUAACACUUAACCGUUUUAAAUAUUUCGGAAAGGAGAUACGCAUGUGCAUUGAAAGUACUUCAUGUCGGUGUCUGGUUAAAUGUGCUAUGCGUCAAUUUCUCUUAAUCAUUUAUAAUAUUACAAUACGUACUUAUUUCUCAACUACGACACAACCAUAUCCGGUACUACUAAAGAAGAGUGGUCUCCAACGCGCGGCCAUUUCAACCGUAAAAAGAGCGCGCAUUUACUAAUUUGCAAGCGCGCGCGCACUUGUAGGAUCGACUACUCACGACUAGCUAGCGCGGACGCGCAUUGGGGACCACUCUUCUUUAGUAGUACCCACUAUCUUUUAUGAAACAUCCAACAUCAGAUGACAAGGAUGUAACUGAUGAAAUAUCCUCAAUAUCUACCAUGUUUUCAAGGCUACAGGAAAAUAUUAUAUGAAACAGAUGUAUCAGAUUCUUUCUACAAGUCUGUGAAAGAAUUCCUGUGAAACAUUUACUCUGAAAUAAUAUUAUUAACCAAAUUUGUGAACAUCCCUGACUGAAUUGUCAAGAAGAGGAGCCUGUGUACUAAUUAAAGUUGGAUAAAUUUAUGUAAGUGUUGCUAAACAAAUGUAACACUGGACAGAAAUGCAGCAGUAGAAGUAUUUGUAAAGAAUAAAGUCUAAGAAGAAAAGCAAGAAAAAUAUAUAAACUGGUAUUCGAGAGGAAAAGUAAUGGAGAAGAGUGAGAAAAUUGUAGAAUUGAUUUCCUCUGAACCCAAGAUAAAAGAGAUAAGAUCAUAUGACUGUGAUAUCUGUACAAAGUCCUUCUCUCAAAAAAGUAGCCUACUUAGGCACAAACAUAUUCAUACAGUAGAGAAACCAUAUCAUUGUGAUAUCUGUGGUAAAUUAUUCUCUAACAGUGGUCAUAUGACCUUGAACAAACGUACUCAUACAGGAGAGAAGCCAUAUCAUUGUGAUAUCUGUGGCAAAUCAUUCUCUCAAAAUAGUAACUUAACGAAACACAAACUUAUUUAUACAGGAGAAAAACCAUAUCAUUGUGAUAUCUGUGGUAAAUCUUUCUCUAAAAGUAGUUACUUAUCUAGACACAAAUAUAUUCAUACUGGAGAGAAACCAUAUUAUUGUGAUAUGUGGUAAAUCAUUCUCUCAAAGUAGUGAUGUAUCUAGACACAAACGUAUUCAUACAGGAGAGAAACCGUAUCAUUGCGAUGUCUGUGGCAAAUCAUUCUCUCAUAGUAGCACUAUAACUAGACACAAACAUACUCAUACAAGAGAGAAACCAUAUUAUUGUGAUAUCUGUGGUAAAUCAUUCUCUCAAAAUAGUAAUGUCAUGAAACACAAACAAAUUCAUACAGGAGAGAAACCAUAUCAUUGUGAUAUCUGUGGUAAAUCAUUCUCUGAAAGUAGUAAAUUAACUAGACACAAAUCUAUUCAUACAGGAGAGAAACCAUAUCACUGUGAUAUCUGUGGUAAAUCAUUCUCUCAAAGUGGUAACUUAGUUA